UCGAAUGACGUGUGUCAUCACGUCAAGUGAAUGGGGGUCGUUCUCACUCGCAAAAGUGUUUUUCUCCUGAUCAACAGGCAUAAUAAAAACCGCUGAUCACUUCCACCGUACCUCACACUCUCAACUUCGGCGUUUAACGAACCGUAACGUAAAAUCUGAGGGAAUAUUUGAGCGGGAUUCUGUCGUCUGAUUCAGUGUACGAGAGGAGAAGGUUCUGAGAGGAUUCACGUUCCCAGGGUAGCGUUGAGCGACUGUUUCUCGGAGCAAAAUGGGCCAACAAGCCGGCAAAGAAGACGGCCUCAGCCCCUCUCCAACUGCCGAUACAGACACGAACAGAGCCAACUCCGUGACCAAGUGGAACCAAGUCAGCGUCAGGUGCGCCAAGCAACUGCAGACCUACACAUGCACGCCCCCUGGCGGCAGGAAGAAGAAGCGCCACAAGAUGUGCCGGAGCCUGAGCGAGGACGACGCCCGGAUCAGAGACACGCCGCCACCGUCUCCUGGACUGCUUGCUAAGAAUAUCCUGAACGUUUUGAUCACUACCACCGACAUCGACAGAGAGAAUCGUUCUAAUGGAUGUGUUCAGAGUCGGGACUCACAGAGCGAGCGGGAAAACAUCCCUCAUGACGUCAUACCGCACAACAGAUCGUCUGAAAAUGACGUCACCGCCGAGAACAACAAAAACAACGCACAAGAGACACACAAGAGCGCAGCGACAUGUAGUGACGGACUUUCAUCACAGCAUCAAAGCGCAACGGCGGACCAAGACGCGAGGUUAAAGGAAAACCAGAAGAAUGAAGAUAAAGACAACACGGAAGACAACAAAGAAAAUCAGAACAACCCCACCAAGAAGGAAGGUUUCGUACAACUUUCGGGACAUGAAGGUGCGUUCGCCCAGGGCGCCAAGAACACGAUCCUGAAGCUCCAAACGAAGGACGGGGACACGGAGGCGCGGGUGUACGAGCGGCUGAUGGGGGACGUGUGCCGGGAGGUCGUGCCCGGGUACCACGGGGAGGUGUUCAGGGACGACAAGUACUACAUCGAGCUGGAGAACCUGCUGACGCACUUUGUGGGGGACGUGGCGGUCAUGGACGUCAAAAUUGGGAAUAGAACGUUUGCAGAAAAGGAGGCCAUCAACCCGAAGUUACGGCCAGACCUGUACCAGAAAAUGGUAAAAGUGAACCCAGAAGCGGCCACCAAAGAGGAACAACAGAAACAAGCCAUCACCAAAGUCAGAUACAUGACGUUCAGAGAAAAGGAGAGCUCAACAUCAGCAUUUUCAUUCAGGGUAGAGGCUUCGAAGGUACCGGGAGGAAAGACCAACAAGGAUCUUAAGACGGUGCGAACUUGGGAGCAGGUUCUGAAGACGCUAGGAAAAUUCUUCAAGGGUCACCCUGCAGCGCGAGACAAGACUGUGGAGAGACUUCAGGUCAUCAGGGAAAAAUUCACCGCGUCAGACUUCUUCAAAAGGCAUGAGAUCGUAGGCAGCUCCAUUCUAAUGCUGUACGAUGUGGAAGACAACGCGGGCGCGUGGAUGAUCGACUUCGCGAAGACCGCGGCGUUACCGGAUGACAUCAGCGUCUCACAUGCCGUACCCUGGGAGCUGGGGAACCACGAGGACGGGUACCUCACUGGACUGGAUAACCUGAUCAAGGUAGCUGUCUUUGUAUACUAAAAUCAUUUCUUAUUGGUCAGUUGGUCACCAAAGUGGGACUAGGUAGUCAGUAGGUAGUGCGUUG